GGAAUUUCCAGAUUAGGUACGACGGUCUUUCGGUUAGUACUAUGCUUGGAUUCGCCAUGACUGGUUUCCACCAAACGAAGUUAUGGAGUACAAUAUACUCUCCCUGGUCAUAAAAGGUGCAAAGGUAUUUCCUCGCAGCCAAUCAUCAGGAAUAUGGGAAUGUGGGGAGAUAUUGUAUUGGUGUCUGCGGAUAGGCAUGUCUUGGGAGUAUUUGCGUAUAAGCACAACUUCAACCUCGACUUCACACUGGAGCGAAGCACUCCUGCUGCUGCCCCAUAUUGCGUCUCUCACCACCAUCAUGAUUUGGACCUACGCGGCCCUCGCGCUCCUCGCGCCCUCUGCCCACGCACUCCUCCGCUUCUCCUGCUCCCAGCUUGUCAUCGAGCGUCUCGACCCCCUCGUCAAUCCUGGCGCCCUUCAAAGCCCUCAUCUGCACCAAAUCAUCGGCGGCAACGCGUUCAAUGCUACCAUGGAUCCGUCCGUCGCGCCCUCCGACCUCGCCACUUGCACCACGUGUACGUUUUCUGAGGACUUCUCGAAUUACUGGACUGCGGUCUUGUUCUUCAGGGCGAGGAAUGGGACCUUCAAGAGAGUGCCCGUGAAGGGCAAUAGUGGGUUUGAGAGCAGCCAGGGUGGAAUGACGGUGUAUUACACGCCAACGUUGAGGGGGACAGCGAAAGUGACCGCUUUCAAGAAGGGGUUUAGGAUGAUUGUUGGAAACCCGACCUACCGCACCGAAGCCGAGGCGAAACGAUUCCGGCAACUCACAUAUACGUGCUUGGAGAAUAUCCUCACGCGUACGGGCGAGACGCUUGAUUUCCCCAAGAAGCCGUGCAAGGCGGGUAUCAUGGUGAAUGUGAGGUUUCCCACAUGUUGGGAUGGCGUCAACCUCGAUUCGCCUGACCAUAUGAGCCACGUUGCUUAUCCUGCAUCCGGAACCUUCGAAUCCAACGGGCCCUGCCCCUCCACCCACCCCGUCAAGAUCCCGCAGCUCUUCUACGAAGUCAUUUUUGACACUUCGAAAUUCAACGAUCAAUCACUGUGGCCCGCGGACGGCAGCCAGCCCUUCGUGUGGAGUUUUGGUGAUGCGACCGGCUACGGGAAUCACGGAGACUACGUCUUUGGCUGGAAAGGCGAUGCGCUGCAAAAGGCCAUGGACUCGAAUUGCAAUAUCAAUUGCCCUCAACUCAAGACGCAGAGUAUCGCGGCGGGCAACAAGUGCGCGCAGAAGCAGAAGGUGAAGGAGGAUAUUGAUAGUUGGUUGCCAGAGUUGCCCGGCGGGAUGCCUGUGCAGUGAUUGUGCCGUGGGCAAGAAGACUAGACAAUAGCCUUUAGAAUGCAGGCUGAACCGAACAUGUGUUUUAUAUGUCUUUUUUCAGAAUAGGA